UCGCGUGAAAAUAUGACGAGAUAUCCUUUAAAAGUUUUUUCUACUGUAAAAGUUCUCCCCGUGAACAACUUAUCCUGCCUCCUUCGUCAUGACGCAACAGUCUUCCUCCUCAUCGCUAGACAGUAGGUGGAAUGCGCUGUAAGGAAUGGAGUGGAAUAAACUCUGAUUAAACGCUGAAAAGAAGGUAUAUGGAAUGCCUGAGGGAAGAUCACCAUGACGGCAAAUAAGAACUAUAAAACAGCGUCUCAGCAGAGAGGGAGAGGACCAGGAGACAUUCCAGAGAGGUGCCAGUCGGUCUCUCCUCCUCCUACUCUACCCAUCAUGAGGCGCUCUCCACACCCUUUCAGCGACGGGGAGGAGUCCAUCCCUCGGCCACGCCCCACUCGCCCCGCAGACCACGCCCUCCUCAGGCCCCACAACAGGAACAGCUCUGCCAUCACCCCAGAAUGCCCCUCCCUCAAGCUGCUGAGGAGCCGUGGGAUUGGCCGGCUGGACCCCCAGCUCUCGGUGUUCAAGCCCGCCACUACUGGCCGAGGCAGGGGGCAGAAGGAGAACCGCCUAGAGGGGGUGUCAGACGGGCACCCUCAAAACGCAGCCUCGCAAGGGUCAUUGCAGAAGGCCACCGAAACCCCGUCGAGCUCCAACCCCCCGCAGAAGCCGUCCGUCAGCCGAGCCUCCACCCCUACCCAGCCGGCCUCCACCCCUACCCAGCCGGCCUCCCCCAGCCAGCCCAGCCCUGACGUCUCGGCCCAGCCUGGCCCCCGGCGGCUGCUCAGGAGGGAAUACUGCCGGGUGGAGCUGCCUCGGAUGAGCCUGUACGUGGAGCGCCGGGCCCUGGGAGAGCAGACGGGGGGCAGUGAGGGUUGCCCCAGCCUGCUGUCCUCCCCCUGCAGCGAGAAGGCCUUCGACUUCCAGGACCUGCGCAAGCUGAGCCGCGCCUUCUCCGAGUGCUCCUACCCGGGCACGGAGGACGAGGAGGGGGGAGGAGGCCCGGAGAUCCGGAGAGGAUGGCCGGGGCGCCUGGAGAAGAGGCCCAGCCGGCGAGAGGCCCAGGCCAUGCUGCUGCGCUCCCUGUCCACCCACAGGGGGCGAUCUUCUGUGCUCAGCCGCGUGCAGGAGAUAGAGCAGGCCCUAAAAGACUGCCCUGAGCAGGCCCCCCUGUACCCAAGCAGCUGUUUCGGCCCUGGGAGGACCACCCCCAACCCCCCCGGGUUCAGCAAGCCUUGGGGACCGGAGCGGAAACACACAGGCACCUGUGCAAGCCCCACGGACUUCAGGCCAGGUGGGAUGAGGGUGCAGAGCCCCGUCCCAAUGAGGAGCCCCGGCACAACCCAUCAGAACCCCCCCAGAGGGAUGCCUGUCAACCCCUUACCCAAACCCAAACGCACCUUUGAGUACGAGCUCAACCACCCCCAUGACAGGCCCACCUCCCCCGGCAACGGCUGCCCGCCUCAGAGCCCCCCACCCCCCCUGUCCUCCCCGACCCCCCACCACACCAGGGACGCCAGGCAGCACAUAAGAACAGGCAGCGGCUUCUGCAGAACUGUUCUCAACAGGGACUGGUACUGUUUGGGCGAGGCUGCCCAUCGUCCUACCUCUCAGCCAAUCACAGUUCAGACAAAUGGAACCGUCUCCAUGCAAAUGUGCAAUCGGUCCAGUUCUAAAAGCUCCUUUGAAGAGAACCCGUAUGAAGACAUCAGUGUGUCCCGUAAAGAGAGCCCAGACGAGGAGGUGGAGCUGAGGGACCGACGGAACCGCUUGGCAAGGGAUGGCCUGCAGGAGAGGAAGAGCAUCAUACCACCUCAGCCUUCUCUGGGUCUUUCAGGUUCAGCAGGUCGUCGAGGUCAGAGGUCAUCGCAGCUGUUAGAGCAGCGGGUGUCGAGCGAACGGCUCUUGAGCUGCACCUCUCCCUGCCCCAGUCCCAUCCGCCCCCUAAGUCCUGCCCCAGGAGGGGGCAUGAGGGGCUCAGGGGAAACCCUAUCACCCCAGCCACACACAAGAGUGCCCAAGCUGGUUCAGAGGAUCAAUUCCAUCUACCGCAGCAAGCGAGGGAAGAGGAGACUGAAGAAGCUCUCCUCGUCCAACACGGAGAUCUCCUCAGUCAGAGAAGAUAACAGCGGGAGUGAGAGUGACUCAGACGACCGCUUUAAUGUGCACAUCCAGAGGCUGUUGCGGCUGCAGUCCCUGCUGCAGCGUGCUCCGAGCUAUCGCACGCUGGAGCUGCAGCUGCUCCAAUGGCAGGAGAGGCAGGAGCUGUUUGAGUACUUUGUGGUCGUGUCUCUAAAGAAGAGGUGUGGCAAGAGCUCCUACACCCCAGAGGUCACGUACCAGUUCCCCAAGCUGGACCGUCCGACCAAACAGAUGAGGGAGGCGGAGCAGCAACUCAAAGCCAUACCCCAGUUCUGCUUCCCGGACGCCAAGGACUGGAGCCCUGUGUCCCACUACAGCAGCGAGAGCUUCUCCUUCAUGUUGACGGGCGAGGACGGCGGCAGGCGUUUUGGGUACUGCAGACGUCUGCUGCCCAGUGGUUCCGCUCCGCGUCUGCCUGAAGUUUACUGUGUGAUCAGUCGUCUGGGUUGUUUUGAUCUUUUUUCCAAGAUCUUAGAUGAGGUGGAGAGGCGGAGGGAGGUCUCGGCUGCUCUGGUCUACCCCUUCAUGAGGAGUCUGAUGGAGUCGCCCUUCCCAGCCCCUGGCAGGACAAUCAGAGUCAAGACCUUCCUGCCUGGAACAGGAAAUGAGGUGAUGGAGCUGCAGCGUCCAGCGGACUGUCGUCUGGAGCACGUGGACCUGCAGAGUCUGUUCAGCUGCCUGAGUGUGCCUCAGAUCGUCCGCAUCUUUGCCUCGCUGCUGCUCGAGCGCAGGGUCGUGUUCGUUGCCGACAAACUGAGUACCCUGUCGAGCUGUGCCCAUGCCGUGGUGGCGCUGCUGUACCCCUUCUGCUGGCAGCACACCUUCAUCCCGGUGCUGCCCGCCUCCAUGCUGGACAUGGUGUGCUGCCCCACGCCCUUCCUGGUGGGCCUCCUCUCCAGCUCCCUGCCCCGCCUCAAAGAGAUGCCGCUUGAGGAGACUUUGAUGGUGGACCUGCGCUCAGACCGGUUCAUUAGACAGAUAGAUGACGAAGCAACACUGUUGCCAAGGAAACUCCAAGCUGCUCUGGAGCAGGCUCUAGAACAGAGGGAUGACAUCAUCUACCAGGAUUCUGACAGCGAGUCGGAGGACGACAGUCACUCCCUGAACAGUGUGGUGUCUGAGGCGUUCAUCCGCUUCUUCCUGGAGACGAUUGGCCACUUCCCGCUCUUUAUGACGCACGCGGCCGGCGGCGAGCGUAUCUUCCAGCGAGACGCCUUCCGGAAGGCCGUGGCCUCCCGCAGCGUGCGCAGGUUCCUGGGGGUCUUCAUGGAGUCGCAGAUGUUCCACGGCUUCAUUCAGGACCAAGAGCUCCGUACGAGCCGCGCCAAAGGUCUGUUUGAGCUGCGAGUGGAACAGUAUCUUGAUGAACUCCCUGAGACAGAACAGGGUGGAGUCAACAGGUUCUUCAGAGGGUUAGGAAGUAAAAUUAAGUUCCUACACAAAAAGAACUGACAUCAAGAAACAAGGUGUUCAACUAGAGAUGCAAAUGGAUCACUUUUGUAACAUUUACAGUUUGUUCACACAUGAAGCCAGUAAAGGGUCUACUGGUUUGGAAACUGCAAAUUAUUGUAUCUUGUAUAAGGCAGGUAGCUAUGAAUAUUACAAAAGGCACAAGAUCACAUAGCACAAACAUGACCUGAAAGCAAGAGUUGAAAGUCUAGUUUACAAAUCUUGUACAUCUGGGAGAAACAUCAACAUCAAUAUAUCGGAAUAUGCCAGAUGUCUGCUCCCUUGAAAUGUGUUGGAAUUUUCAGACCCAACUGUGGUUUUGAUAUGGACAGAAACAGACAUGUAAUGUCUCGACACUAAUAUCUGGAGAACACUCCAUGAAAGGAUGAAGAAACCCAUUUUGCAUACAUUGAAAGAUGCCUGCUAAGAUUCAUGCAAAACAAAAUCCCCGAAGUUGGAUUUGUGCAAGCACAUUUGGAGUACUGCUGUUGCACAAGUAAGCCAAACAUGAUGAAGCCAUUAUGCCUAAUCAAUAAAAGGAACGCUGAACAAAUAACAUUGUCAGGCUUUUCCUUUAAGGAAAAUCAAGUGAAUAACUUAAGCCAGCAGCCUUAUUGGAAGGCACUAAGAUUUUGCAAGGGUGGUUGAAACAAAAUGGACAUAUUGUGACUGUUCAGCCAAACCAGCGUCACAUCUUAAAUGUGCGGUGGAGAAGUGAUCAAUGGAAUAACACCGUACAUCUGAAACUACUCCCAGAACUGCACUUCUCUCAGGACAGCGAUGGGCCCAAAGUUGAUCAUGUGGAAAUGGACACAUUGUGUCGUUGAGGACAGAAGUUGUUGGCGUUAGGCAAGCGACUGGCUAGACACAAACUACACCUACAAGUGCAAUGUCCUUAUUGACCCUCAACUGUGCUGCAACGCCCACUGCUGGGAAGAACAAGGUACAACACUAAACAAAUAUAAAAUCACAAGGAUGUGGAUUUCUGGGCUCAUGUCUUUUUCCUUCAGCUUUUCUAGCCUUUACUGAUAGGACCCUGAAGAUUAGACAGGAAAUGAGAGGGCGAGAUGGGGAGGCUCAAGAGAUGACCUCAGGCCCGACUGGAAUUCUGUAGCUGUAGCCAGUCAUGAAGAAUCCAUAGUUUACUGACCAAUGCAUUAACUUCUUUAAAUUAAAGAAACCUACUCUGAAA